UUCUCCCCCUCCAUUUCCCCAUUUCCCUCCUACACUGCUGUGAUCAGACAAGAGAGAGAGAGAGAGAGAGAGAGAGAGAGAGAGUGAGUGAGUGCUUACAUUUGUUCCAAACCUCCGAAUAAACCCUAGAGAAAGUAAAUUCUAAAACCCUAACCCCACUUCGUUUUCCAUUUUCCUCCCAAGCGUUCACUCCCAUAGUUUCCUCAAAUUCGUUAUCGUCUUUCCUCACAUGCUAUAGAUACACGCGUGUAUAUACAUAUAUAUAUGUGUGUGUGUGUGUGUGUGUGUGUAAAUGUAUAUAAAUACUCAUUAAUAGGGGAUAUCUACGCAAUAUGUAUACUUCACUGUAAGGUCUAAGUGUGCUGUUGAAUUGAUUUCCGUAUUUUUGUUCUGUUUGUUAUUGUUCUGAAAUUGGGUUGGUUCUGUCCAGUAUUCGGUAUUCAAUGGCCAAAUUAUCUGAAUGUUUCGACAUUGAGAUAGAUAAAUGCACGUGUAUCUAUGAAUAUACAUAGGCUUGCAUAUUGGUGUCUAUUGAAAGUUGUGGAAGAAUUGUCUUCCAUAUACCGAUUAUGUCAUAUUCAUGUGAAAUCUCCGAAUAUAAGUGCUUGUGUACUUUAAUAAUUUCCCACGAGGUCUAUGCUUGCGAUGUUAAAUUGUUUUUCGAAUCUUUCUGUUCAAUUUGUUGGUAACAAUGGCUGUACUAUGUGAAUGUUUGGAUAUUGAGAAAUAGAUAAAGUACUAUGAUGGGGAGGCCGAUAACACUGGAGGAGGGAAUGAGUAAAUUAGAAGAGGGGAUUGUGAGGGCAAAGAUGAUUUUUGAUGGAUAUCCCUCUAGUGCACUCUUUACUGCCGAAGAAUAUAUGAAGUUUUAUGACUGUGUUUACUACAUGUGUAUUCAGCACCAAUCGUGUGACCAAUCUUUGCAUCUUUCUCAAAGAUUUACAAGGGCUUUAGAGGAGAGCAUUUCUUCAAGGGUUCUGCCGCCCUUACAGGGCAAAAAUGGUGCCUCUCUGUUGAAAGAACUUACAAGCAUGUGGGCUAAUUAUAAAUCGAUGGCUAAGUGUCUGGGAGGAUUCUUUUUAUACAUUGAUCGGCCUUAUAGGACUGCUACAUCACUCUGCGAUGUCUCGUUUCGUUGCUUCCGCGAUCUGGUUUGCAAUACACACUACCCAAAGCUUCAGGAUGCUGCAAUUGCACUUAUCAAUCAGGAUCGCACUGAGAAUCCGACUGAUAGGAGCUUGCUAAAGUGUAUCUCAACCUUUUUUAUUGAAAUGGGAAUUGGAAAAGACACUUACUGUUAUGAUGACUAUGAGAGGGCGAUACUUGCAGAUACUUCUAGUUACUACUCAAGAUUAGCUUCAGAGUGGCUUGCUCUCUAUUCAUGUGUCGACUACAUUAAGGAGGCUGAGUGGUGCUUAAAGAAGGAGAUACAGAGAGUGAGUGAGUAUUUAAAGCAGUCUACUGUGGAGAAGCUGAUGCAGGUUCUGCAAUGGCAAUUGAUGGGCCAAACUGCAAGCAAGCUGAUCGAAAAGCAGAAGGCUGAGAACCAAGAUUUACCAGCAUAUCAGGAGCUUUUGUCCAGAUACAGCAGCAUGAGCCUCGUAGAUGGAACAUCAGCAUCACCAAUGUUACAAUGAAAACAGUAUCCAGAAAAAAGCAACUGAGGUACGGGACCUCGCAAGAACUAUAAUGACAAUCGCUAUUGUAGGUCUAGAAGUUUAGACUGCCUUCAUGUUCCGUGGCUCUAAGUAUUUUUGUACAUUCUCCUUUUUGUUCACAAUGGAGUUGCCCUGCUUGGGGUGUUGAUGUUAAGUGACUGUUUUUGGGUCGAUGUCCUAGUACCUUGGUACCCUUGUUCUAAGAGCAUCUCCAAGGGAGGUAGAAAAUUCCUAUACCGAGUAUAAAUUUGGAAAUACAAGUGUAAGUUUAAGAGCCACUUGCAACAAGUGCGCUCCAAGGUGUUGAGAAAUGACACAAUGGUACGUAGCAAUUUGAAGAGUCAUUUCUUGACACCAUAGUGUAGCAAGUUUACUCUCAGUUGGACAGUGUUUUGCUGACAUGACACUUCAAAUAUGGGUUUUUUUUGAUUUUGCUA